AUGGUGACAAAGUUCUACCAGCACAGCCUUGCCUUGGCAUUUGCCAUAAAGGAGAUCAAUGAAAGUCCCAGGAUCUUGUCAAACGUCACUCUCGGGUUCAACAUCUAUGACAGUUACUAUUACGAGAAGAUGACUUAUCGUACCACUCUGGACUUGCUUUUCAAAUCUCUCCGAUUAGUUCCUAACUACAAGUGUUCAGCCUCCAAAAAACUACUUGCUGUUGUGGGAGGACUGGGCUGCGAUACCUCCAUUUAUAUUUCACACGUCUUAAGUCUCUACAAGAUUCCGCAGUUCCUGUUUGGGUCAUGUGCUACAGAGCUGAGGAAGUUUCCCUUUCCUUACCACGUGGCUACCGAAGUAACCCAUCAGAAUAUGGGGAUUAUCUGGCUACUUCAGCAUUUUGGGUGGAGAUGGAUUGGACUGUUUGUGGUGGAUGACGACAGUGGAGAACAUUUCAUAACCAUGAUGAAACUGUUGCUUCCCCAACAUGGCAUAUGCCCGGCUUUCAUAGAACAAAUAGGCCAAAAUAGGCGCCUUAAUGGGGUGACUGAAAUAACUAGCAUGCUCUCAAAAAUGUGUCAACUUUUCAAAUUGAGUAGAGUCAGUGUAUAUAUUGUCUAUGGGGAUAAUCGGACCAUGGCAUUAUUGAUCAAUAUAAUACAAGCCCUGUAUGAUGACUAUAAGGAACUUACAUCAAUGGGAAAGGUGUGGAUUACAACCAGCCAUAUUGAUUUUGCUGUAUCACGAAUUGAGAGGCACUUAAAGCUGGACUUUUUCUAUGGCUCCAUUUCCUUGACAAUUCACUCGCAGGAGCUUCCGGAGUUUGAGAAAUUUCUCCACACUGUAAAACCUGACGGGACAUUAAAAGAUGGUUUUUUCAAAGCCUUCUGGAAACAAGCAUUUGAGUGCGUGUUGCCAGAUUCUUCCGAUUACAGUUUGAGCUGUACUGGAAAGGAGAAGCUGGACAGUCUUCCUAGUCCUGUUUUUGAAAUGCGCAUGACUGGCCAUAGCUAUGGCGUCUACAAUGCAGUCUUGGCUGUGGCGCAUGCUCUGCAGGCCUUGUACGAAUCUCAAUCCAAUUGCCGAUCAGUCUUCGAAUGCAGAAAUACUGAAUUCCACGAUCCUCAACCUUGGCAGCUCCACCGAUUUCUCCAAGGCAUUUCAUUUAACAAUUCAGCUGGAGAAACCUGGUCUUUGGAUGAGAACAGGGGAAUGGGAACUGGAUUUGACAUCACGAACAUCGUCACCUUUCCCAACAAUUCCCUCAUUAGAAUGAAAGUUGGGAGGGUGGAUCCCAAAGCUCUUGACAGGAAGAAAGUCACUCUUCGUGAGGAUUUACUUGUGUGGCAUAAAGCGUUUAACCAGGUGAUGCCUGUUUCGAGAUGUAGUGGCUCCUGUCAGCCCGGUUCUCAGAAAAGAAAGAAAGAAGGGGAGCAAUUUUGCUGCUACGAAUGCGCUUCUUGCCCUGAAGGGCAGAUUUCGAUUCAGAAAGACAUGGAUGACUGUUCUGCAUGUCCAGAAGAUCAGUAUCCCAACCAGGACCAAGACCGAUGUAUUCCCAAGAUGAUCACUUUUCUCUCCUAUAAAGAACCAAUGGGGAUCGGGUUGGCUUCAGCGGCUGUUUCUUUGUCCCUGAUCACAGUGUUGACAUUAAGAACUUUUAUUAAGCACAAAGAGACGCCCAUUGUCAAAGCCAACAACCAGCGUGUCACCUACGCUCUUCUGGUCUCUCUCCUGCUUUGCUUCCUCUGUCCGUUCCUCUUCCUUGGAAGACCAAGCAAGCUGACCUGCUUCCUCCGACAAUCUGCUUUCGGCAUUACUUUCUCCACGGCCGUUUCUUGUGUUUUGGCCAAAACCGUCACGGUGGUUCUAGCAUUCAUGGCCACCAAGCCAGGGUCCAGCAUGAGGAAAUGGCUAGGGAAAACUCUGACCAACUCUCUCGUCCUCUCCUGUUCCAUGAUCCAAAUCUGUAGCUGUGCCACGUGGCUAGGAACGACUCCCCCGUUCCCAGAUUUGGACACAAGAUCAAUGACUGAAGAGAUAGUAGCGCAGUGCAACGAAGGGUCUGUUGUGAUGUUUUACAUUGUCCUGGGCUAUAUGGGGCUUUUGUCUUUCAUAAGCUUCCUGGUGGCGUUCUUGGCCAGGAAGUUGCCCGACAGUUUUAACGAGGCCAAGUUCAUCACCUUCAGCAUGCUGAUGUUUUGCAGCGUUUGGCUGUGUUUCCUUCCAACGUACCUCAGCACCAAAGGGAAAUAUAUGGUGGCAGUGGAGAUCUUCUCCAUCUUGGCCUCUGGUGCUGGGUUGCUAUGCUGUAUCUUUUUCCCCAAAUGCUACAUUAUAGUUCUGAGACCUGGGAUGAACCAAAGAGAGCAAGUGCUAACAAGAAAAUAUGAAUGA